AUGUCACAACUUUUCAACUAUUCCUCCAUUCUCAUGCCUGCGGGGGCCUGCAUUGUUAUUUCUAUGCUGCUGGGGACACUGUCAUAUAAUACACCUUUAACUCUCACUGCAAUGUGUCUGGAGCGAUAUGUAGCCAUAUGCAUGCCACUGAGACAUGGACAGAUUACUACAGUGAAAAGGACUCUAGAUGUUAUCCUCAUCAUUUGGCUAAUUGGUUCAAUUCCUAGCAUCAGAGAUUUUAUUAUUAUCAUUGCAGUGGAGCCCAAAACAUUUUAUGUUGAAAAAAGCUUCUGCACCUAUGACUUGAUGAUAAGAAGCAUCUGGCAAUCAUAUGUGCGGUCGGUAAUGGCAAUGUUGUAUUUUGGGGUUAUGUUAGGCAUGGUGGCUUUCACAUACGUCAAAAUAAUGGAGGUGGCAAGAACUGUAUCAGCCGACAAUUCGGCAUCCAAAGCUCGAAACACAAUUCUCUUACAUACCUUUCAGCUUGUGCUUUGUUUAGCUGUUUUAGUUUCUCCUUUCAUGGAAAUGGCAAUCUUCCAAAUAAACCAGAACAUUAUCUCACAUAUAAUAUAUUUCAAUUUUAUCACCUUUAAUAUUAUGCCACGUUGUUUAAGUUCUCUCAUUUAUGGUGUGAGAGAUGACAAAUUUAGAGAAGUCUUUCUAUUUUAUAUUACUUUUGGGCUGGUGAAAGUGGCAUUGAAAAAAUCACUGAAAGCUACAGAUCAUUUUUAG